CAAGAUCUUCCCUCGAUAAUUGUAGUUUUACCUAAGUGAUCGAAUGGUUUAGAAAAUGGAAAACCUAAAACCAUAAAGCAAAAAGGCUGCAUGCUCAGCGAGGUUGGCAGAUCCAAUCAUGGCCGAGCGGUGGCACCUCAAAAAGGGUAUAGGGCGAACCAGCAAACGCAAGGCAAGCAUGGUAUUUUUCUUUGGCUAACCAUAAAGCUACAAAGGCCCCUUAACAAACACUUUGUAGGCGAAAACCAGUGGCUCUCCAUCAGGGCAAAGGAGAUACCAAACCUUAAGCCACCAUGUCCGAGACACCAAUUGAUCUCCUUCCCAAUCAAUCCCCGGAUGCUGUUCAUUGCAGAUCGUGAUGCCAGCGUUCGUUCCUGCCACGCCGCAGCAGACCAGUUGGGCAGUCUGGCUAGCUGCGAUCGUGUGUGCCGUCCUAGCAAUAGCCGUGAUCAUCGCCGGCAUCGUCGUGUUCGCCAUCUACAUUAUCUACCAGCCCAAGAUGCCAUACAUCAAGGUCGCCUACGCACAGCUCAGCAAGCUCGUCUACGACCAAUCGGGGCUUCUCGAGAUCGAGAUGGUACUGAAUCUGGUGGCAGAGAACGACAACAAAAAGGCCCACGCCAGCUUCUCCGACCUGAGCUUCCUCCUCCAGUUCCAUAGGAUCGACGUCGCGGCGCUGCGGGCCGACCCGUUCGACGUCGCCAAGAACAGCUCGUUGGAGCUCGAUUACCACUUCCCGUCGUCGCCGAUCCCGCUGGACCAGGCGGCCAUGGAGACCAUGGACGUGGCGCUGAAGCGGGGCGUCGUGUCGUUCGACCUCAGCGGGCAUGCUAGGACACGGUGGAGGGUGGGGAUCUUUCUCUCCGUCAAGUUCCGGACGUCCCUCUCGUGCGAGCUCCGGUUCUUCUGGCCGAACGGGAGCGCCGUCAACUUGGACUGCAGCUCGAAAUCCCCCUGACCCCCCAUCGAGUACAUGGCGAAAUCUGACCAAAAAUAGUUCUUUUCUUUCUCUUUACUCGACAUUCAGAUCACACUUCCUUUAGAUUUCUGAAUCUGUAUGGUCUUAGAUGCAUCCGGGUCUUGUUCGCCGAUAAUUCCAUUCAUCGAGAGA